GCCUGCAUUAUGAUGUUUACGUACGUACCGGGUCGGUCGUUUACCGUAUAAAGAUUGGUGAUUUUUUUAAUCAAGUUCAUACACUUGUUGCAUUGAGCUAUCGUCAGUGACCGCGCCGUAUACAAACGAAGACAACUGAAUGAGAAAGGAAGUUAAUCAACAAAAAGUUAAUGACUUAGGAUUCAGAGGUCUUCAGUAAUUCAGGGCUGGACUGGAAAUAAUAUAUUUUUUAAAUUGUCUUCACAAUCAUCGGGGAUAUUUUAUCAAGAAGAUGCCGAGGUCUUUUCUCGUCAAAAAGAACGCAAAGCAAGCUGCUUCGGGUUUGAAAAAGUUGCAACAUGGAAUUGCUACAACAGCAUACGAUCCGGGUGUUGUGUCAGUGGCAAGUUUUCCCGAAAUAUCGGUGGCAGCCCCCAUCAACAUACCGCACCCUGUCAUUCACAAGCCAGAACCUCUUCAAGCCAUUCCCAACCACUCGGCCUACUGGCGACACCAUCAAAACGUGAUCUACAGCCCGUCAUCGCCAUUCGAAGCCGAUACCUUCCCGCAUAUCCACAAAGGUUACAGCCCUCCUCCACCGUUCUCUCAACCACUUCAUGCCCACCUCCCGCAACCCUCACUGCACCAUCUCUUAACCCCGACACCGAUCAUCGAUGAUGAGAACAGGAUGAUCACUUCACUGUCGCAACCAGCAUCGUCAUCACCCUCAUCAUCUAUCUCAACACCGACAGCAACAUCUUCAGCGUCCGCAAACAUCCCAGUGACACCCACCGGUACCGCCACGGCAGCGAAACCUGAGAAGGAGAUCAAAAAGAGACGCAGCAACAAGAACGGCGAAGACAGCACCAAGUACCACUGUCCCGACUGCGGGAAGGAAUACUCGACGUUCGGAGGGUUGAGCAAGCACAGGCAGCUGCACUGUGACGCCCAGAACAAGAAAACCUUCAACUGCAAAUACUGCGACAAGGAAUACAUGUCCCUGGGAGCCCUCAAAAUGCACAUCAGGACACAUACCCUGCCGUGCAAGUGCAAGUUCUGCGGAAAGGCUUUCUCGCGACCUUGGUUGCUGCAGGGUCAUAUUCGCACCCACACCGGCGAGAAACCGUUCUCUUGCCCGCACUGCCAGAGAGCAUUCGCCGACCGGUCAAACCUUCGUGCCCAUCUCCAAACCCACUCAGAAGUCAAGAAGUACAGCUGCAAGUCCUGUGGGAAGACUUUCUCCAGGAUGUCGCUCCUCAACAAGCACGAGGAGUCCGGUUGCAUCUCUUCAGGUAGUGACUGAUUUGAGGCAAU